AUGACCCUUCGGGGUGACGACCUGCCGAAGAACGCGGAUGAUGGACCUGAAACACAGAAAAUACAAGGUAAGAAAACGGAUACGAACAAGAGUUUGAGACCGGUGGUAGUUAGGAUGAAAAGACUACCAAUAAGAGUGGCCAAACGAAGGAGAGAAGAUCACCGGAAGAAAGUAAAGAUAGGAAGAAGGAGUAAAGACGGAAGAAUGGCUACAUCCCCGGCUCGAUCAGUCGUCUCAGCGGUGGGAGACGAGCUGUCCGAGACGGAGGGUAGUAACUUAAGGACGGAGGAUGUAUCCCCUAAACAACAGGCGAAAAGAAGAGGAAGAGGAAGGCCACCUACGACCGGCGAAUAUGUAGGUCUGGCAGCGGCGAAGAAGAGGUGGUUAGAAGCAGAGAGGAAGGAGAAAGACUUGGAGGAAGAGAAGGAAUUGUUGGAAAGGUACCCACGACUAGGAAAUACGAACCUGAUUAAUGAAAGUGAAAGAGAGAGGAAAGAGAGAAUGAGCGAAGAAAAAUCGGAGGAUAUUGCGAUCGCGGUUCUGGACAAAAUCGCAAUGAUAGAUAGGAUGGCAAAGACGUCAAGCAACAUAAAAGGUACUUACGUCAAACUCAUGCGGGACAUUGUGCAGGAAGUACGUGUUUCUACGGCGGUCUUGCUGGAAAGGACGAAAGAGGCGGAUAAGGAAGAGAAGAGGAUAAUGAGGAAAGAGAUUGAGGAUCUAAAGAAGGAAAUAGAAGACCUACGAAAGGAAGUUAGGAGUCCGAAAUCACAGGAAAGUUCUAAUAUACGGAUUGGAAGGACUCUAAGUGACCCAGAGGAAGAAGAUAAGCGAGAAGGUAGUGCAGAAGGAAGAAGCCAUGUGGAACCAGAAGAAAACACCGAUAUGGUUUACAUGACACAGCUCGAAAGGAGAGCAAACGAGGAAAGGAUAAAUCCACUGCCCGCUAUGAAUGAUGAUAUGGUAGAGAGGAGGAUUCUGGAUAGGAUAGAUGCAUUAAUUGAUCAGAGAAUGGAGGUGCUGCUGGACAUCAAUAGUGGGAAAGGAAAGGAAGAACUAGCGAGGCGAAAGAAGGAAGCCGAAUACCCACCGCUUCCUCCCACGCGGGAAACGAAUAGAAAAGGGAAAAUAAAAGAAAGCGUACGAAAGGAAAAUACUAAACAGCCAACAACGGGAAAGGAGAAGGAAAAGAAUAGGAUGGUCGGAAGAACACCAGAGGAAAGUGAGAAGAUAGGAGAGGUGAAUGUGGAAAAGAGAAGGAAGAAGGAAUACUUACCUAAAAGGAUCCGAGGAAAUAAAACGGCGGCGAUAUCCAUGCGUGCAGACGGCAACGAUGCUACGACGUAUGUUGAAGCUCUGAAAACAGCGAAGAGAAAUAUUAAUAUUGAAGAGAUGGGUAUCCAAAACAUCAGGAUUAGAAACUCUGCUACAGGUGGAAGGAUCUUGGAGAUAGGAGGAGAAAAAGCUAAGGAGAAAGCGGAUGAAUUGACAUUAAAAUUGAAGGAAGUACUUGUCAACUCGCAGGUAAGGAUUCGCCAAGUACAGAGGAAAAUGGAGUUACAAUUGUGGAGACUGGAUGAUUCCAUGACGGAAGAUGAAGUAAAGAUGGGAAUUGCUAAGGCAGGAUGUGCAGAGGAAGAGAUCGAUUGCGGGCAAGUGAGGAGGACGGUGAAUGGAUUGGGAACGGUAUGGAUACGGCUCCCGAUGAGGGCAGCGUGGAGCGUCUCUAGGAAAAAAUCCGUGAGGAUAGGAUGGAACGUGGUUGGAGUAACAAUACUUGAAAAAAGGCCUGUGCAAUGUUAUAAAUGUUUGGAAUAUGGUCAUGUACAAAGUAAAUGUGUUAGUAACGUUGUGCGCAGUGAUAAAUGUUAUAAAUGUGGAAAAACAGGGCAUAUUGCAAGAGUGUGUGAUAGUGAGAGCCGAUGUAUGUUAUGUGGGGAUAAAUGGAUAGAUGAUAAGCAUAGGAUGGGAGAUAGAAAUUGUGGAAGCAAAGUGGUGAAGGAGAAACGCGAUAAGAAAGGAUCGGAAAUUGUGGGUGAAGUGAUGGAGACGGAUAGUGGUGACAGAGUGGACAGUGGAGAGAUGGAAACACAGCCUCCGGCUCCUAUGGAUCAGGAGAGAGAAGGAGAGGAGGACGAGGACAAAAGCGUGGAAAAAUCCUUCGAAGAAGUGAUGUCUCAGCAGGUGGAAGCGUAUCAUAAGGCUAUGAUUGACUGCCAGACGCCGAAACCGCAACGAAUUAGAAUGCGCCAUGACAAGGAGAAACCGGAUGACGGGUGA